AUGUCCGAGCAGAACUUUGUUUAUCAAGACCCGGCACCAUCAACUCAAUAUGGUUAUGAUCAUUACGAACUGCCACAACAAAACGAAUAUUAUUAUCAGCAGCCAAUAAUGGAGGAACCGGCACGGUAUACACAUCCACUGAUUCAUGAAAUUCCAUCUUUCUUUCAACCAUAUGUCAUCGGGAUUGAAGAUCGACUUGACACUGUAGUUGAAAUUACUGCUGAAACUUGCGGGUGUCAACUUCGUACAAGUUGUGGGUUACCAUGUGCGCACGAACUUAACUUCUAUAUGAAAGAAGACUUGUUUAUUCCAUUACAAGGAAUUGAUGUCUUCUGGAGGACUUUAGAUAUUCCUGACCCUACAGUAGAGGAGGAGGAUGAUGUAACUUGUGAUGCUGAGCUUGAAAGGUUCAAAAAAGGUUUUGCAGAUCAGCCAAAGUCAGGGAAGGUCUCAUUUUUGAGAAAACUUAGGGGGAUUUUUGAACCAUCGACCUAUAUUGUUGGUGAACCUUCUGUUCACAAAAAUAUCCGCGGUCGUCCAAGUUCAAAAUCCAGCAAGGACAAACAAGUGUUGCCUAAUGAAAGUCGUAGACAUAGUUGUUCAUCGUAUAGACCAGCCGUUCAGUCUGAAUUGAACGAGCCACCACGACACAGUGAAUAUGUCUACCGCGAUCUGCCACCCAAGGUUGAUCCACCACAGUGUAGCUCAUAUAUGCCUUUUUCUUUUGAUUUGAAUGAUCUGCCACCUAUGUCCGAGCAUAACUUUGUUUAUCAAGACCCGGCACCAUCAACUCAAUAUGAAAUUGAUGUCUUCUGGAGGACUUUAGAUAUUCCUGACCCUACAGUAGAGGAGGAGGAUGAUGUAACUUGUGAUGCUGAGCUUGAAAGGUUCAAAAAAGGUUUUGCAGAUCAGCCAAAGUCAGGGAAG